AUGCUUCGUUUGGCUCGUAGAUAUGCGACUUGCAAUCUCCCAACAAUACCCAAAGUGCCGUUGGUAUCGGAGAAGUUCACUGCUAAGAACUUCACACCAACUGACAAGAGAACAGUUCUCUUCUUGCAUGGAUUUUUGGGAUCCAAAAAGAACUAUAGAACUAUAGGGAAGACGAUAAGUAGAGCCACCGGUAUCGAUGUGAUUGGGUUGGACUUGAGAAACCAUGGGCAUUCUAAGCAUGCCCUUCCAUUUGACUAUCAGUCGUUAGCAAAGGAUGUAGAAGAAUUUAUCAGACAUGAACAGCUAUCUGACUUGGUGAUUAUUGGACAUCUGAUGGGAGCCAAGACUGGGAUGUAUGUGGCAUUGCAGAACCCGGAUCUAGUUUCCAGUCUAGUUGUAGUGGAUAACACUCCGGAUUUCACUCCGUUGGACGAUUCAUUUAGAGACAAGUUGAAGGCAUUGUACGAAAUUGAACAGUUGAAGAUUCCUACUGAUACCAAGCAAAAGGAUAUACUGUCCAAGGUGGAUGAAGUAUUCGAUAAGUAUGGAAUGACUUCUAUAAUGAGGACAUUCUUGCUCAGCAAUUUGGACAAACUGCAUAAGUACGUGAGGUUUAUAAAUCCGAACUACUGCUUUCUUUCAAAUAAGGUGAUCGACAUUCUUAGCGAGUGGCCCACUGAAGACUUAGAAGGCAAGAGAUACGACGGGCCAGUGUUGGUGGUGAGAAGUACACAAUCUGGUUUCAUCCCAAGCUUGGAACCCUUCACCAAAUACUUCCAGAAUAUCAAGCUUGUAGAUUUUGAUGCAAGUCACUACAUAGUGACAGAAAAGGGGAAAGAGUUCCUAGAGGAGAUAUUGCAACACUUGAAUUCAAAUAAGAGUAUAGAACCAAAAUAA